UAUGUUAUUUCGUAACAUUAAGCAUUUCUCUUUAAAAAACCUUUGUAAGAACAACGGAAAAACAGAGACAGAUACAAUUACAGCUACAACUAACUCUUCCUUAAUUUCUCCGCCCACUUUUCCUCUUAUAUUCAUACUCUUUUUCUUCAACCCUUCAUUUCCAUUCCUCUUUUUCUUCUCUGAUCCAAAUGGUUACGCUUUUUCAAGGAUUAGGAGCUGUUACUCCUUUAUCUCCUUCCAAUUCCUCUCGUAGAUCCCUCUCAGAGAGUAAAAGUAGCGUUUUUGUUGUCAGAUCUGAUGCAAAGGCAAACCAGGUUUUGAAGUCAGGCGGUACUACUCGGAAGAGUGAGUUGUUGAUUCCUAAUGCAGUUGCUACACAAGGAAGUAGUUCUGUUGCUUCUGCAUCUAAACCUGGGCAUGAACUUCUCCUUUUUGAAGCUCUACGCGAAGGUUUGGAGGAAGAAAUGGAAAGGGAUGCAACUGUUUGUGUCAUGGGUGAAGACGUAGGUCAUUAUGGAGGAUCUUACAAAGUGACUAGAAACCUGGCUGAAAAGUUCGGUGAUCUCAGAGUUUUGGACACCCCUAUUGCUGAGAACGCCUUCACAGGUAUGGGCAUUGGAGCUGCCAUGACUGGUCUUAGGCCAAUCAUCGAGGGCAUGAACAUGGGAUUUCUACUUCUUGCAUUUAACCAAAUCUCUAACAACUGUGGCAUGCUUCAUUACACAUCCGGAGGCCAGUUUAAAAUUCCAGUUGUCAUUCGUGGGCCCGGCGGAGUCGGACGACAACUUGGAGCAGAACACUCGCAGCGGCUGGAGUCUUACUUUCAAUCAAUCCCUGGUAUUCAGAUGGUGGCUUGCUCAACACCUUACAACGCCAAGGGCUUGAUGAAAGCCGCAAUUCGAAGCGACAACCCUGUGAUACUUUUCGAGCAUGUUUUGCUUUAUAACCUCAAGGAAAGAAUCCCAGAUGAAGAGUAUGUAUUGUCACUUGAAGAAGCCGAGAUGGUUAGGCCCGGAGAGCAUGUCACAAUACUAACCUAUUCAAGGAUGAGGUAUCAUGUCAUGCAAGCUGCCAAGACAUUGGUGAACAAAGGGUAUGACCCUGAAGUCAUUGAUAUCAGGUCUUUGAAACCAUUUGAUCUUCACACAAUUGGAAAUUCAAUUAAGAAGACGCAUCGGGUGCUCAUAGUGGAGGAGUGCAUGCGAACAGGUGGAAUUGGUGCUAGUCUCACAGCUGCCAUCACUGAAAAUUUCCAUGACUAUUUGGAUGCUCCUAUUAUAUGUUUAUCAUCUCAGGAUGUGCCGACUCCAUAUGCCGGAACUUUGGAGGAAUGGACCGUGGUCCAACCUGCUCAAAUUGUGACUGCAGUUGAACAACUCUGCCAGUGAUAACUGCCAAAACAAGCUUAGUUGAGAUAUGGUUUUUCGGUAAAUCUUGUGUUUGUUUACUUAAAAUAGAGUAUUCAUCAUGAUAUUUUAAUUUCUGAAAUCCUUUGCAUUUUUUUAGAUUCAUCAAGUGAGCCCUAUAACUGGACAAUAAUUUUAAUGGAUGCUGAAGUUGUCUGUUCAACCACUAUUUUCACUUUUUUUUUUGUUUUUAGUUCACUUGUAUUGUUGUAUGGAUGUAACAGGUUAUUUUAUAGAAUUUUGAAUACUAUGUUCAAUCAAAUUUUGUAUUGUUAUGUGUAGCUUUGGUGUCUGUUUGAUACCUUGAUUUUAGUCUAA